AUGUACAUCAAAACUAUCACUAUUCAAGGGUUCAAGUCUUAUCGUGAUCAAGUCGCAGUAGAACCUUUCUCACCUAAACAUAAUGUCGUAGUCGGACGAAAUGGUAGUGGGAAAUCUAAUUUCUUUUCUGCAAUUCGCUUCGUCCUCUCCGAUCAAUAUACUUCUAUGACAAGGGAAGAAAGACAGAAUUUGUUACAUGCAGGUACAAGUACGAGUGCUACUUUGUCUGCCUAUGUGGAAAUUGUCUUUGACAAUACCGAUGGUCGAUUUCCUACGAAUCUCCCGGAAAUGCACCUCCGUCGAACGAUCGGGUUGAAGAAAGAUGAAUAUUCGCUAGACCGAAAGUCUGCCAGUAAGGCCGAAGUUAUGAACCUCCUCGAGAGUGCGGGAUUCUCAAGAAGUAAUCCUUACUACAUCGUACCACAAGGCAGGAUCACCCACUUAACCAACAUGGGCGAUAAAGAACGACUGAAUCUGCUCAAAGAAGUCGCUGGUACUAAAGUGUACGAACAGAAGCGAGCAGAGUCGACAAAACUCAUCGAGGAAACAGAAGCCAAGCGCUCAAAAAUCUUCGACCUGCUUCAAUACAUUGAAGAUCGUCUCACCGAGCUGGAGGAGGAAAAGGCGGAAUUGGCCGAAUUCCAGAAAAGUGACAAAGAAAGACGAUGUUUGGAGUAUGCGCUGCAUCAAAAGGAGCUCGAAGAUGUCACCAGCGCCAUCGAACAGAUCGAAGCGGAGAGGAUGAACGACUUGCAUAACAGUAAUGAGAAACGAAAGGAGUUCAAUAAGAGAGAAGCAGUGGUACAGCAAUACGAAGAAGCUCUGACGACCGCGAAACAUGCCCUCUCCACCACUUCCCUCGCUUUACGGCAAUACGAAUCUGAAAUGGCCGAGCUGGUCCGUGCGAAGACCGAGAUAGAGUGUUUGCUUGAGGACUUUGCUCAGGCCGGUGAGUCAAGUGAAGAGAAGCGUGGACAACUGUCAGGCGAGCUGGAGAGUCUUGAGGCACGGUUGGAGGAGGCCAGUGAUCGGUUAGUUGACUUGGGUGCCGAGCUGGAGGACCGAGUGGCCGAGGAGAGGGAAGCCAAAGAAGCGCUGGACAUCACACAAUCCAAGCUCAAAGUGUUAUAUGAGAAACAAGGUCGUUCUCGACAAUUCACCUCUCAAGCUGAACGUGAUAAAUACCUCAAAGAUGAGAUCAAAGCUUUGAAAACGUACGAAAAGGCUCAACAACAACGAAUCGACGAUCUCAAUCGGGAUGUCGAAGGUGCGAAAAGUCAACUCGAGGAAAUCGUCACUCGAUCAAGGGAACAAACUCAAGGCGAGGAAGCUAGAAGAGAAUCUCUUCGCCAAAUGGGUGAAGAAGUGUCGCAAUUGAAGAAAAAGGUCGAUGCGAUGCAGGAAGAACGAAAAAAUCUCUGGAGAGAAGAUGCCAGAUUGAGUCAUAACGUCUCCAACGCAAAGGGAGAGAUGGAAACGGCCGAACGAACUCUUCAUGGGAUGAUGGACAAAGAUACCAACAACGGCUUAAGAUCUGUCAAACGGAUCGCAAGACAACUCAACCUCAACGGUGUAUAUGGAGCGCUGUAUGAGUUGUUCGAGGUAUCUGAUCGGUACAAGACCGCUGUCGAGGUGACGGCAAGCAAUAGCUUGUUCCAUGUGGUCGUAGAUAAUGACGAUACCGCCAGUAAGAUAUUGGACGUGAUGAAUAAAGAGAAAAGUGGAAGAGUCACUUUUAUGCCCUUGAAUAGGUUGAAGAGCGUCGCUGUGAAUUAUCCAAAGGCCAAUGAUGCGCUACCAAUGAUUCAGAAGCUCAAGUUUGAUCGAGCGUACAUUAUGGCUUUUGAGCAGGUCUUUGGCCGUACGAUCAUCUGUGAAGAUCUCGCUACCGCCGCCCAAUACACACGAAGUCACGGUCUGAAUGCCGUCACUGUCGAAGGUGAUCGUGUAGAUCGCAAAGGUUCUCUCACAGGUGGUUAUCACGACGUCCGUCGAUCUCGUCUAGACGCCGUCAAAGCAGUCAAAAAGUGGAGGGAGACAUACGAAACUGAUUCUACCCGACAUGCCGAGAUCAAAAGUAAUAUCACUCAAUAUGAACAACAGAUUUCCCAAGCUAUGGGUCAAAUACAAGUCAUCGAGGCUAAACGUAAACAAAUACUCGAUCAACGUGCUCUUAUCAGCGCUCAGGCCGGAUGGAGUAAUAGAGAUGAAGAACAAGUCAGAAGACGUGUGUCGAAACUUGAAGCAUCUGUAGGAGAAGCAGAGUCAGAAUUGAGAGAUACCAGAGAAAAGAUAGGGUCUUACGAGGCUGAAUUGAAAGUUCCAAUGACACAACAACUUUCUUCGGAGGAGAAGAAAGCUUUGGAAAGAUUGACAAAAGAUGCAGAGAAACAGAAACAAACUUUAGUUACUGCUUCUCAGGCAAGAGUUAAGGCAUCUUCUGAAAGAAGUAAAUUGGAAGUUGAAUUAUCUGAGAGUUUAAGGAGGAGGAGAGAAGAGUUGAGGAGGAAAUUAGAUGAUUUGGAAGGUGAUGCAGGUGCAGGAGUUUUGCAAGUUGGUGAAGUUGAAUUGAGAAAUUCGGAACUUCGACAAUUGAUCAGGUCCAUUGAACAAUUGUCAGAUCAAGUGAACGAGAGCGAACGUAAAGUGGAAGAAUACACCAACGAGAUUUCUGAGCUAUCUACCAAAUUGGACGAAGCUCAAACCGAACAAGCAGAAAACACCCGUGCCAUUAUCCGAGUCCAAAAGAACUCCGAAAGGUAUCUAACCAAAAGACAAACCCUCAUCACACGUCGAGACGAAUGUACGAAUUCCAUCCGUGAUCUAGGUGUAUUACCAGAUGAAGCAUAUACGAAAUAUACCGAUACGAGACCUGAUAAACUUGUUAAGAAAUUACAUAAAGUUAAUGAAAGUUUAAAGAAAUACGCUCAUGUGAACAAAAAAGCAUUUGAACAAUAUGCUAAUUUCGUGAAACAAAGGGACGAAUAUUUGAAAAGAAGAGAUGAAUUGGAUGCGGAUGCAACUAGGAUAGAAGAGUUGAUAGAGACUUUAGAUCAAAGGAAAGAUGAAGCUAUUGAAAGGACUUUUAAACAAGUAUCUAAAUAUUUCGAAGAGGUUUUUGAAGUUCUUGUACCGGCUGGAAAAGGGAGGUUGGUUAUGCAAAAGAGAAUUGCUGGGUAUGUUGACGAGGAAACUGAAGAGACACCACUUGCGGAAAGAGGAAAGAGUGAGAUUGAUAAUUAUUCUGGGGUGUCUAUCAAAGUCUCAUUCAACUCGAAAGACGACGAAGGUCAAAGAAUCCAACAACUUUCCGGGGGUCAAAAAUCUCUAGUGGCACUAGCGACAGUCUUCGCCAUUCAGAAAUGUGAUCCUGCCCCUUUUUACCUUUUCGACGAAAUCGAUGCCAACCUCGACGCUCAAUAUAGGACAGCAGUGGCAGGUAUGAUCCAUUCUUUGAGUGAAGGAGCUCAGUUCAUAACGACUACUUUCAAACCUGAACUCUUGGCAGAGGCUGAUAAAUUCUACGGAGUGUUUUUCGAUAAACAAAAAGUUAGUAGUAUAAAGACUAUCGAGAAGGAAGAUGCGUAUAGGUUUUUGGAGAAUGCUGCGCAGGUCGUGUAG